GUGUGCUUACUAGCAACCACUUUCAACAUUUCUGCAAAGCUAGAGAAGGGUUCCCAGUGCCGAUUCCGACACUGUGAAAAGGCCCUUGGCAGUGACACUGUGUGCUCAUUAUGGAGAGAGGGAAAAUGUCUAAAUCCACUUUGCAGAUUUAGACACAUGGAAAUGCAGCAAAACUGCAGUAUUUCAUGCUUCUGGGAAACUCAACCUCUUGGCUGUGUGAAGAUCAGUUGUAUCUUUUAUCACAGCAAACCUCGAAAUAUCAAUGGAUUAUUUUUGCCACCAAGUAGCAAUAUUACACUACAAAAAGAUACUCAGGAAGGAACUCCACCCCUGACCCAGAGUCAGGAGCCCCUGAAACCUCAGGAGAAUAUAUCACGACCCAUUCACCAUCCUUUAGUUUUAAAAACCAACUUUGAGGAAGAAGAGGAAGAAGUAAAUGAGCAGAAUGAUGCUUCAAGUUUAUGGACAAAGACUCCUGAAGAAAUUGAAGAAAAAAGAGCAAUAAAGGAGAUGUGUUAUAAAUCUGGUGAAUACUACAGGGUACAUACGCCUCCAGAUAUUUCAUCAUCGAAAAGCACAGCCUCUACACCAGAAAAAGAGUUAGAAAAGCCUUUGGAAAAUGGCAGUGAAUUACAAGAAGGGGAUGGUCUUACAGUUCCAACAAAAUUUAGCCUAAUUGAAAGGCACGGUGAGGUCAAAGCAUCAUUGGAUAGGAAACCAAGGACUGACAUUGUUGCUUUUGAAAAUGGAGGAGGUGAUUGCUACAUUCCACAGAGGAUCAUAUUUCUCGGAGUAGAUGAAAAGAAAGAGAAAGAAGUCACCAUGUCGAAAUGUUCAAAUACUAAAGACAACAAGGACAGUCCUCAUCCAAAGCGUUCCCUAGCUACCCGACUAGCACCUACAGCGCAUGUAUUAAAUGCUACUGAGAAUAUCAGUUUGAAGUGCAGAGAGGACCCCUCUUCAAUGAAUGAUGUCCAGCCAGUGAGGAAGCCUCAUUUUAAAGGCGUGAAAAAAAGAAAAUGGGUUUAUGAUGAACCAAAGAACUUUCCUGGCCAAGGAGUGCGGAGAGCACUACAGACCCCAAAUCCAAAAAAUAAAACUAGUUACCAUCGCAGUAAUAAAGACAGAAAUGCUGAGAAUGCAUCCUAUAUCCACGUUCAGAGGGACACUGUCAGGACUGUCUCAUUAAAUGCACCUCCCUGCAGCAGGCCCACACAUGGCUUCUACAAUAAAGUCAAUGCUAACAAGGAACCCAAACUCAAUCUCUGUCCAGAUAAAUAUAUGUCAACACCAUAUAAUGGUUCAGCUUGGCGAAAAAGAAUUCCUUUUUCAAAAGCAUAUUCAAAAACUCAAAAGAUAUAUACAGAGCCAAGAAGAAAUGGGAGCAAGUAAACCUGUAGGUUGAGAGAAGAGAAAAAUGAAAAAGAAAAGUCCCAG